AUGUACGCUCAAGACCAGAUUGACAAGCAAGAGGAAGAAGAGACUCCCCCCGACUUAGGCACAAUACAGCCAUCCCCAACAAGACCCGAGCCGCAUCGAGGAGGAGAACAAACACAGCAGGAAAGGCAGGAAGCAGGAGGACAAGCAACACAGACCCAAGUCGUUAGCUUGUCCGGAGAGCAAACACAGCGAAGCCAGGAGAGGCAGGAAGCAAGAGAGCAAGAGGAGGGAAGCCAAGCACACGCAUUCAGCCUGCCAGGCACCUUCCCAACACAGACCCAAACCCCUCCCCAUUCAACCCCAGCGCCAGCCUCUUUCCCAAAUUUCAUCGCGGUCUGCGGUCUCGUCAACAAAUCAUGUCGAGGUGUCCAUUCCCCAUGGAAAAUCUGGCAGAGUUCAUUCUUACGACAUCGAUACUCUUUUGCAGAGACUUGUGGACAACGGCAGUCUUCAGAGCAAGCUAGUUGUCUGCCACCUGCACGCGCUUACAUCGCACUGUCUGCCAGACGAGCUCACGGGAAGAACGGGGACGGAGCAGGCACUGACGAUCCUGCGUUCUGCUUCCCUGAGGUCUUUCGAGUAUCUCAGAGAAGCAGAUGUUAUGAAACUCAAAGCCAUUGCGAAGCUGACCCCAGGAAGGCAAUUCUACCCGAAAAAUUUGCAAGCUAUGGAGACGAUAACCGCCAUGCAAUCCGGGCGGCGACUUUCCAAGUGUAUGGAUUUGGAGCCGAAAACCACUUGGUUGACUAUGACACCAUUUACCAGAGCCGGGACACCAGAAAAUCUCCAAAAUUGUCCACUAAAGCCUUUCAAGUUGCGGCCAUGCUAACACGAGAGCCCAAGGGCCUGGCUGAACAGGUCAGUCCCAGUCUAGUGGCCGACAUGUGGAAAUCUUUCAGCUGCGGUACUACCAUGGGACCUACUGGAGAGGUGUCGGCGAGAGGCAUAUGUUAUGGCUCGCAGUGGAUGGGAGAGCAGGAUGAGAUCCUGCAAAAGUUUUGGUUACAGUUGCAUCGCUUGCUCGUCUCGCAAUCAUCGCAGUUGAACCGGUUCCAGGUGAUGCUGUGCCUCUGUACAAUGGUGUACUCGGCGUCUGCAAGUCUACAGCCGGUGCAGUGCCUUGCUGCUUUUUUCGCCAUGCCGGAUACGUUCCAAGUUGCUUUACCAAGCGCAGCUACAUACAGUAUUACUCUCGGAUAUGCUCCCACUCGCGCGAUGAUUCAGUCAGUAGCCGAGGCUUAUCUUGUCGAUUUUUUUAACAGUCCGGAGUACAACCUUCCUCAAUUCGAAGACGAAACCGAUGAAGACUAUCUCGAGCGACGCAGAGAUCAAUUUGAAGACGAACAGAGUAGGGCGUUCGAAAGUUUCGUCACGGGGUUGCAUGUCCAGUGGAUUCGCAAGGCACCAGUCCUAGAAACUGCCGGACGUAUGUACCUAGAAUGCAGCGCCGCGUUUAAUACCCUUCGAACAUCAUGGGGGCACUGGCACAACAAUCAUUGUCUUCGUGAAUAUCUCACGGAUAUUGCAACAACGUUAAGAUCAUGUUCGGUUAUGCCGGCUCGCUCGCUUCCCGAACAAGCAGUCCGCGCCUCGCCGGCGAACGCGCAGCAGAGAGCAGUCAUCAAUAACCGAGCAAUGUUUGCUCUUUCAAGCCCAUCAAUGCCGUCAUUAUCAAGGAACGAACUCGAUUUGUGCCAAUCAAGUAGCGCACCAGUGUCGAUGACCAACAGAUUGGCGGGCCUGCUAGAGAGAGUGAGAAACUCGGCAUCAUCAGAGCACUCCUGCCAAACACAAUACGUGGACGAAUUGCAAAAAAGUCUCGAGGCAUUGAAACAGGUAGAGCCUUUAAAAAAAUUGAGGCUGCAAGGAACAGAGCUCGGAGAUGUUCUCAGCGAUCAUCUUCGCAAUUGCCAAGAAAACGUUAAUAACAUCUACACGGCGCUGCAUGCUUCCAUCACUGAGGGUCUGCAAAGAGGUCUCUACGGGAAACCUUCUGACGCGGCUACGGAUGGAUGGAAAGUUGCAGCCGCUUUUAUGGCGCCUCGCACAUCGUCCUCGAUCCUUGUUGGUCACUUUGUUUCCCGUCACUGGGGCUCGCUGUCCCAGGAGUGGCAGGACGCUCUUCUGAUGUUUGGUAUUGCUUUGACCAAACUUCAACAGGCCGAGAGGCUUCUUCAAGCGAAAACAACAUCCGAUCUCUUGAAAGAAUUAUCAAAUUCAGGUUACUCUAAUUCGGGGGCCAUAAUGCAUCCGCAAAAUCUUCUACUGGAAAUCGAAAGCAGCAUCUUGAUCCGCAGGCUAAAUAUGGGCGAGGGAAAGUCCUCAGUCAUUGUCCCUAUUGUCGCUGCACACCUGGCAGAUGGUACUCGGUUGGUGCGCGUUGUGGUUGGAAAGCCACAGGCCAAAGAGCUUCUGAGGACCCUCGUCGCCAAAUUGGGCGGCCUUCUCAACCGUCGGAUCUUUUACAUGCCAUUCAACCGAUCCCUACGACUCAAGGAAUACCAGGUGAAGAGUCUUCACCAGUUGUACAGAGAUUGUAUGGAGCAGGGCGGUGUGUUGCUCCUGCAGCCGGAGCACAUACUCUCGUUCAAACUGAUGGCCAUCGAGUACCAGUCCUUGGCAGACCAAAAUCAAGCAGCAGAAGCUCUCGUCGAUUUAUAUCACUUUCUUGAUUCAAACUCGCGUGACAUUGUGGAUGAGAGUGACGAGAACUUUAGCCCCAAAUUCGAACUUAUCUAUACCAUGGGAGAGCAGCGCCCCAUCGAGCUGAGCCCCGAGCGCUGGACCGUCUUGCAGCGUCUUCUAGAUAUCGUCGUUUCGGUCGCGCCGUCGGUGCAGCAAGAUAUGCCUGAGGGGAUUGAAAUUACGCACCGCAGCCGUGGACGCUUUCCAAGAACACGCAUUCUCCGGACUGAGGCUGGCGCGCUGCUACUCCGCAGAGUGACGGAGCAAAUUUGUGCCACCGGCUUCCCUGGCCUGCCCAUUGGGCGACAAAGUCAGAAAGUGAGGGCGGCAAUAUUUGAGUACCUUUUGGAGUACGACGUGUCUGCAGAGAGCAUUGCGCUCGUGGAAUUCCAAACAGGCUUCUUCACAGACACCACUAAGGGACCUCUACUCUUACUGCGAGGACUCAUUGCGGGCAGAGUUUUACUCUUCGCGCUUCGCCAAAAGCGAUGGAGAGUAAACUACGGCUUGGAUCCCAAUCGAACCCCGAGCACGAAGCUCGCUGUGCCAUAUAGAGCAAAGGACUGUCCCUCCACUCGAGCGGAGUUUAGCCACCCCGAUGUGGUGAUUCUUCUAACUUGUCUUAGUUACUAUUAUGAAGGGCUGACGAAUCAUGAUCUCUGCGUCACCUUCACCCAUUUGAUGAAAUCUGACCAAGCGGAAAUAGAAUAUGACGACUGGGUCAAGGGCGCGCCUAAUCUACCGACCUCGUUUCACCGUCUCGCUGGUGUCAACAUCAAGGACUUGAAACAAAUUACCGAAAAUGCGUUUCCACAUCUUCGUCACUCCAAGAACGUGAUUGACUAUUUCCUGUCGCAUCUUGUAUUCUCAAAGGAGCUCAAGGAGUUUUCGCACAAACUUUCCGCGUCUGGUUGGGACCUAGGUGCCCAGAAGAACCAUGCCACAACCGGGUUCAGUGGAACAAACGACUCCCGCCAUGUCUUGCCCCUCGAUGUCAGACAACUCGACAUACAAGAGCAACUGCACACAAACGCGCUCGUGCUCGAGAACCUGCUGCGACCAGAAAACAAGGUGCAGCUGCUGCAUUCUUCUGACGAAAAGAAUCACUCUAGCACGAAGCAGCUACUUGAAUUCGUGGCAGCCACGGAAAACCAAGUUCAUGUUAUCUUGGAUGUUGGUGCGCAAGUGCUGGAACUCACGAACAUACAAGUGGCAAAACGGUGGCUAGAGUUAGUUCCUCCAGAUCAAAAGCAAGAGGCUGUCGUGUUUUUCGACGAUGACGACGAAAUUUGUGUCAUUGAUCGCAAGGGCGCUGUGGAAAGACUGCAGACUUCGCCGUAUUGCGAGCAGCUGGAUCGCUGCCUGGUGUUCCUAGACCAGGCCCAUACGCGAGGAACAGAUUUGAGACUUCCAGAGGACUAUCGAGCGGCUGUCACACUUGGCCCCGACCUUACCAAAGACCGACUCGCGCAGGCCUGUAUGCGCAUGCGCAAACUUGGCCAUGGGCAGUCGGUCAUCUUUUGUGUUUCUAAGGAAAUGCAGUCCCGCAUCUGCAUGACGACAGGUAAAGCGCAAGAUAGCAAUAUUGAAGUAGACGACGUCUUGAUGUGGGCCAUUUCGGAGACGCACACUGACCUACGUCGGCUCAUGCCUCUAUGGGCCAUUCAAGGAUCGCGCUUCGAGAAGCAACAGGCCAUUUGGGACAGUGCGCGUACGGAAAAUGGGCUGCAGCUGACGAGCACGCAUACCGAGUCCUUUCUCGAGGAGGAGGCCCAGACGAUUGCGUAUCGCUACCGACCCACGACUACGACGACAGAUACCGAGGAGCUCUUUUCCUCCUUUGCGCACCUAACACUAGCUGAAGGAGAGAGCUCUCCACUACACUCUAUCCAGAAGCGAUGCGAGGAGUUCGGCGUCUCCCAAUUCCGAUCGGCGGCGCUGCAGGAGGAGCAGGAGAAGGAGUUGGCGCCUGAAAUUGAGCAGGAGCGUCAAAUCGAGAGACCGCACGCCGCGACACCCGCAGCGCACGCACUGCACCCGGACUUGGUAAGCUUCAUCACGACAGGCAGCAUGCCGUCCAACUCGAUCACGGUGAAGCCCGCCUUUCUCUCUUUGAGUAACACUAUAAUGGCCGACUGCAUCGAUCUGAGCCAGUUCCCCAGCGACCUGCUGGUGUCAAAUGACUAUGCGGUCACCGUCACGGCCGCGCGGCGCGACUCGUACCAGCGGCCCGUGCAAUGGAUCCUAACCGGCCGCGGGCUGUUUGGUGGCACUAAGGCUGUCAUCAUCAGCCCUUUCGAGGCGCAGGAGCUCAUGCCGCGGCUCGCCAAGUCGACACGCGCGCAUCUACACAUCUACGCACCGCGGAUGAGCCUCGCCGCGCAGCCGCUCGACCAGCUGCGGCUGUACAGCAUCCCGGCCAUCACGGAGCCCGACUGGGCACUGCCGCGCAACCUGCGGCUGCAGCUGAACCUGUUUGCCGGCCAGCUGUACUUUGGCUCCUACCAGGACUACGCCGACACGUGCGACAUGCUGAGUCUCGCGUGGCGGCCCUCGUCGGCGGCCGACGGGGACGAGACAUCAAGUGCGGUUGCGUCGGACGGGUUUGUCGCCAGCGGCAAAACCAAGUUUACCAAGAGCCCUGUGCAGAGCAUCAAGAUGCUCUUGACCACGCUACGGCGCGACUGCCAGGAGAUUGACAAGACGCACUGGGGCCGCAUUCUAGCGGGCGAGUUCUUGACUGAAGUUGAUUUUGAGAGUUGA